AUGUCCGAAGAACAGGCGUCAUAUGUCACUCUUGAUGUAUUUUCUUCAGAGAUACUCAAGGGAAACCCUCUCGCCAUCGUAAAGACCGGCGAUUGCAAGCUAUCGCAGAAACAGAAGCAACAGAUCGCAAAGGAAUUCAAUUUCUCCGAAACGGUCUUCUUGCACCGUGCUGACCAGGAUAGGUACCCUCGGGCAGACAUUUUCACCCCCGUCAAUGAGAUGGAAUUUGCUGGUCAUCCUAUCAUUGGUACCGGUCAUUUUCUCUUCCGUCAACUAUCAGCCAACAACCCCGGCGGAUCAAGCAAUCUGACCAGUAUGACCAAGGCAGGACCGGUUGCAGUGUCCUAUGGCCCGGCCAGGCAGGUCGUCUUCGCGGAAAGGCGACACUCAGCCGGAUUCUCCCGGUCUAGGCCGCUGGCAUCAGACGUGCGUGGCGUAAGAGACACAUCCCCGGUAGUUACCAUGGUCAAAGGUGUUACAUAUGCCCUAGUGGAUCUAACUGAGAGGGUGGAUCUUUUUGCCGACCUUGUCCCGGGGGCUAGUCCUGAACUUGAGCUUGAUGAGGGAUGGGCGCCGUCUUUCACUGGUAUUAUGUAUUACCGGACACUAAGAUCUCGACCAGAGGGUGAAAUAACUAUGUGGGAGCUUCAUGUACGCAUGAUCGCCGUUAACUUGGAGGAUCCUGCUUGUGGAAGCGGCAGUUGCUUGCUGGGCGCUUAUGUUGCGUUGUCGAGUAGUAAAAAGGGUCGGAAGCAUCGGCUUUACAUUAACCAGGGCUCUGAGAUGGACAGAAGAAGUCAUAUUAUUGUGGAUGUUAUUUUAAAUGAGGAGAUGGAUCAGGUUUCGAGUAUUAGACUUGCUGGCGAGGCUGCUUUUGUACCAGACGGGAAAAUUUCUGUGAACUAG